UUGGCUGUCGAUCCAGAGAUCUUUUCAGAUCUGAACAUAACCAAGAGCUGCUGUCCUCAACGCUAUUAGCUAUUACAUCGAACUGGGAGGUGGGAGCCCUUAUUCACUCAACCGAGAGAGAGAGAGAGAGACAGAGACAGACAGACAGACAGACAGACAGACAGACAGACAGAACAACUUUGGUGGGAUAUCAACUUGUAACUGUUAAAUGAGCGGUGAAUGACACGCAGAGAGCGUGUCGCGCUAACCAGGAGCAGAGCGCACUAUCUUCUGUCGGUUACAACAUCCUGAUUCUUUCUAUUGUAAUAAUAUAUAGAAGUAUUUCUUUAUUCAUUCCCUUCCUUUCUUUAUUUCUUUAUUUCAAUGAGUGUCGAGUUUCUCAUGAGAUUAUAUAAGUUUUCAAACAGGUUGAUACCACCCAUUUUCACAAAUAAGACGACUUGGGAAACGCGUUUUGAGCGACAGCUUUUCACCAGCAAAUUAAGCUGAAAGUGUCCACCACUCUGACUGGGACCAUGGCGAUCUGUCCGGGGUUACUGCUGCUGCUCGGAUGGAGCUAUCUAUUCGGAGGAUAUUGCGCGAUGUUGAAAGAUCAUUUCACAGAUUUAAAAAUUAAAGGUACAUCUGGGCACUCCGGUGCGGCCCGGGGGGACAAAGACCGCUCAGAGAAGGAUGAGCACGACCUACUUUUACAGGAUACUAUGACGGAACACAUGCAGAUUCUUUACGAACAAUACAACCGUGCAGGAUUUUCUUUCCGGGACGGGAAUACUGUCCGGAGCUUUAAAGCGCGCUGGGGCACCAUCAACAACAAGCAGUUCCAGAUCUUCAACCUGACGUCUCUCACCAAGUCAGAGGCCGUCCUGUCGGCCACGCUCCACUACUACAUAGGAGACCACCAGAAUAGUUUCCAGCACCCGGGCUGCAACAGCACCACCAGGCCCAAGCCCAAGAGCUGUGGAGCUCCGUCCCCAUCCCUGUCCCGCCACGGCCCCAGUAGACACAGCCACGUCCAGAUGGGUGUGUGGAGCUUCGCCUCAGUGGAUAACCAUAUCAGGACUUUGGGCCACUUUGUGAUCAAUGUGUCUACACUAUACAGGGACUUCAUCUCUUGGCAGUGGAAGGAUGUCACUCAGGUGGUGAACCAGGCCAAGCAUCAUGAUGAGCUGCUGAUCGGGAUAGACGUGGCAUCCCAGCCUGGACCCAGGCCCUGGAAGAAGCUCCUCUCAGACCGCUUUCCUUACAUCCUGGUCUACGCCAACGACUCGACCAUCUCCGAACCAGAGAGCGUGGUGUCAACACUACAGAGUCAUCAGAGGCAUCAAACCACGAUGACCACGGAAGAAGGAGCAUUCGCCUCCGGCUUCCACAAACUGGGGCUGCACGCUCAGAAUAGCACCACCGCUCAACAACAGGCGCCUCCUAACAGACGCCGGCGCUCGGCUAGCGUCCUCCUCCCGCUCCAGAACAACGAGUUACCGGGGCCGGAGUACCCGUAUGAGACGACGGGCUGGGACGAGACCAGCCCCUACGAACCGCUGGAGAACAAGCCAGUCCGUCGGCCGAGGAAAAAGACGCGUGGUAAGAGCCAGAGGCACGGCGGUAAGAUGCCCUUGCUGCAGUUUGACGAGCAGACGAUAAAGAAGGCUCGUAAGAAGCAGUGGAACGAACCACGGAACUGUGCUCGUCGCUACCUGAAGGUGGACUUUGCAGACAUUGGCUGGAGCGAGUGGAUUAUAUCUCCCAAGUCUUUUGAUGCCUACUACUGCUCAGGGUCAUGCCAGUUCCCCAUGCCUAAGUCUCUGAAGCCUAGUAACCACGCCACCAUCCAGAGCAUUGUGAGAGCGGUAGGGGUGGUGUCUGGUAUCCCUGAGCCCUGCUGUGUCCCAGACAAGAUGUCUUCCCUCUCCAUCCUCUUCUUCGACGAGGACAAGAACGUGGUGCUCAAAGUUUACCCAAACAUGACUGUGGACUCCUGCGCCUGCAGAUAGGGACAAUUACCACACACACACACACACACCCACACAGGCACAUUCACAAAGAAACACACACACAGUCGGAAAAUAAGAAAUGCCCCCCCCCCUCUCUCUCCCUCUCUCUCUGUCAGUCUCUCUCUUUUUCUCUCUCUGUCAGUCUCUCUCUCUCUCUCUGUCUGUCUCUUGCUCUCUCUCUCUCUGUCAGUCUCUCUCUUUCUCUCUCUAUCUCUCUCUCUCUCACUCUCUCUCUCUCUCUCUCUCUGUCUCUCUCUCUCUCUCCUCUCUCUUUCUCUUUUUCUCUCUUUUUCUCUCUCUGUCAGUCUCUCUCUAUGUGUCAGUCUCUCUCUCUCUCUCUCUCCCCUCUUUCUCUUUCUCUCUCUCUCCUACUCUCUCCUUCUCGCUGUCUCUCUCAAAUCAAAAUCAAAGUGGUGGUGUCUACAUCUUUUUCAGAUGUUAUUGCAGGUGCAGUAAUAACUACCAAUACAAAACAAUGCACACAAAUCCCAGAAAGUAAAAAGAAAGAAAUUAAGAAAUAUCAGAAAGAGCCAUGUCAGAGUCUGGGAAUAUAAAUAUCUACACUGAGUGGACAAAACAUUAAGAACACCUGUUAUUUCCAUGACCGACUGACCAUGUGAAUCCAGGUGAAAGCUAUGAUCCCUUAUUGAUGUCACUUGUUAAAUCCACUUCAAUCAGUGCAGAUGAAGGGGAGGAGACAUGUAGAUGAAGGGGAGGAGACAUGUAGAUGAAGGGGAGGAGACAUGUAGAUGAGGGGGAGGAGACAUGUAGAUGAAGGGGAGGAGACGGGGUUAAAGAGGGAUGUUUAAGCCUUGAGACAUGGAUUGUGUAUGUGUGCAUUAAUAGACAGUAUAGACAUUAUAUGAAUAGAAAAGGUUUGUACAGCAGUAGUUAUUUAGGAUGAGCCUUCACUAGAAUACAGUAUUAUACAUAUGAAGUGGGUAAAACAGUAUGUAAACAUUAUUAAAGAGACCAGUGUUUAAUGACUAUGUACACAGGGCAGAGUACCCUGCACCUUAGAGUGGUAGCUGGCUAGUAACAGUGACUAAGGUUCAGGGCAGGGUACUGAGUAGUAGCUGGCUAGUAACAGUGGCUAAGGUACAGGGUACUAAGUGGUAGCUGGCUAGUAACAGUCACUAAGGUUCAGGGCAGGGUACUGGGUGGAGUCCGGCUAGUAACAGUCACUAAGGUUCGGGGCAGGGUACUGGGUGGAGUCCGGCUAGUAACAGUCACUAAGGUUCGGGGCAGGGUACUGGGUGGA